AUGUCAGGAAAAUCAGGAAUUUACCUUGACGUGCCCGAAUCGUUAAACUCAAAUUCAUCAACACUCUCAAGGACGCCAAGUAUAAGAAGCUUAAGUCCGCAAUCUCAUUAUGUACCUCAGCGUGAAAACCCAACUCGAAAGGUAGUUGAUAGCCUCUUGGAUACGUUCCUUGAAGAAAAAUUGAAAUGCUCUCCAAAUAGUGUAAUAAUGGAAAUUCUGGAAUUAGAGAUCUGUGAACAUAACGAUAAUCCGUAUCAUAUAUACCAAUGGUUAUUUGAUAAUCAGAAUACGCUUAAAUAUAAAAGCCUUCUUGGAUUCUUUCUGCUAAUGGGCAUUGGGUGUAAUCAAGACCUUAACAUGGCGUAUAAAUUAUUCAUGAAGGGUGCGAGGAAGAACUACCUUAUAAACAAAGAGAUGGUCAGUGACUGUUACUUAAAUGGUUGGGGAACGCAAAAGAAUGAAGAGAUGGCAGUUCAUUGGUACAGAAGUUGCGCAGAUGAGGGAAGCGUUUACGGAUCUCUUGCGUUGGGGUUCUGUUAUGCGAAUGGCAAAGGUGUCAAGAAAGAUGAGGUACUAGCAAUUCGAUAUUUCCGAAGUUGCGAAAGAUUUGGUAAUGAAUUGGCAAAGAAGGAGCUGAGGAAACUACGUUUCGAUGAUGAAGGAGGGGUAGCAAAAAACAAGCGUUCAAGGGUGGAAAUGAGACAAAGAUAA